AUGGAGUUGCAAUCGAAGAAGACCACUACAUGCAAGCAUGAGGAGGAUCAUAGCCAUAGAAGAAUCAGAGCACUUGCUCAGGUGUGUUACGAAGCUCUUAUGAAGGACUAUGGUCAUAUGGUAUCAAUUGUGGUUCAGGAUUUUGGUGAGAGGAAGAGCAACCUGAAAUUGCACACACGAAAACGAGGUCGUCUUCGGACUCCCAUUGUUACCACUGAUGAAUCGAAAGAAUUCCAAAUGAAGAGAAGGAGGUCAAAUGGCGGUGUAGUUGGGGGACCGUAUCCACCACCGCCUAUUCCUCAAGCAAUGAGCGAUGUCAUUCGUAGUACUGGUCACCAUCACCAUCACCUUCCACUUCUGGUUAUCCAGAAGAAACUCUUUCAUGCUGAUAUUCAGGCGCAACAGAAUCGCAUUUCGAUGCCUUUGAAUCAGAUCAGUUCUGAUGGUUUUUUGAGUGAGGCUGAGAAAAAGAAGGUCGACCAAGAGGGAAUGAAUGUUCGAUUCAUUGAGCCGAGCAUGGAAGAAAACAGACUAAUACUGAGAAAGUGGUGCUAUAAGAAGACGAAGAAUGUGUCUGUCUUUUCCUAUGUGUUUAACAAAAACUGGUUCGGUGUCGUUGAGAAAAAUGGACUCAAAGUGGGCGACAUUGUUCAAGUGUGGGUUUUUAGAGACAAGGACGGAAACCCUUGUUUCGCCAUGGUCAAUCUCGGCGAGGACGCUACUGACUGA